AUGAACGAAGCCCAACUGAAGGAAACCUUUGAAAAGGGUAUGGCAAAAGCCCAUGAACAUUUCGUUCGAUCUGAACUUCCUCUUACUAUUCAGAUCCUGGAAAGACUUGAAAAUCGUCUACGCGGGUCUUCUGCUCCUACAGGUUCAGCCCAUGCGCGCUCUCUAGGAUCUAAAUCACGUUCUGCUACAGCCUCUACUACCACCACUGACCCGCUGGCCCCGCUUCUUUUCCAGGUGCUCGACCGGCGGUGUUUAUGUGCACGGCGUAUGAAAGACUUUGAUCGUGCACAAAAAGAUGCUCAGCGUAUGGUGACUUUAUGUCCUCGCGAGCCAAAGGGGUACCUUGUACUAGGCCGCGUUGCGGAAAUGAGAGGCAAACCCAUGCUGGCCCAUAGAACGUAUACUGAGGGACUCAAGCGGUGUGCAGGGUGUAGAGACAGCAGUGAAAAGACCGCAGAAACAGCAUACAAGGCCAUGGAAACAGCUCUGGCAGCCAUUCCAAUCAAUGACCUACAACAACAAUCGUCAAACGUCAAACGGCAACAGCAACAGCAACAGCAACACCCCCAGAAACUGAAAUCAAGAAGUGCAUCGCCAGCAAUAGGCCCAGGAGUCGACCCACUUUCCAAGCUUCCCUACUUUGAGGUUUUCCAACCAAUUCUUAAUUCGCUCGACUUCAAAUCACUUCUGGCAUGUAUGAGUGUCAGCCGGCGCUGGCGCGAAAUGAUUAUGAGCGAUGACCGCAUGAUUUCCGAAAGACUUGAUCUUACUAUCAACACAUUGAGCAACGGCUGGCGAUCAGCAGACUUACGCUGGGUUCUGAAGUGGGGGGCUGGUGGAGCCCGAGGGAAAAAACGAGUGAUUCAAAAUGUCAUUGUCGACACGGUACGCCCGGGCCAUGAAGCUGGGGUCGUGGAGGCCUUAUUUUCAACGUACUCGCACAACAUCAAGAAACUGAAACUAAACCUCAAGCAAACAACUCUUUUUGAUUUUUUCCUUUCUCUCUACGGACCAAAGCCUAUAAACUUUUGUACCAAUCUGGAGUCUCUUAUACUGGACGCACCAUUCUCGACUCUUUUACUGUCAAUUGCAUUACCCAUGUUCACUGCGUUAAAACGUCUGGAAAUCAAUUUUAACCCCAACAUUACACCCAAUUACUUUUUCCUUGACUUGUCUAAGAAAGAUCCUCCUAGUGAUACACGGCCGGGUCCGCAAAACCUGGAGGUUCUACAGCUUUUCAACAUUGCGCCGGAUCUCAAGUGGUAUAUUCCAAAAUACAUUCGGUCUAAGCUAACUAAACUUAAAACACUGACGCUUUCGUACAGCAAAUGUAUACAAAUGACUGACCAACUAGAAGAGCAGUUCACAGAAAUGCUGGAAAACUUGCCAGACUUGGAAUCGCUUACUCUCAAUGCAGAAUAUUUAUCGUCUUCUCCCAAUAUGGUUAAAUCACCGCGACUAAAAAACUUGAGCUUUUACCACCCACAGUGGUCAAGCGCACCUAGAAAUAUGCACGGCCCAGAAGCACAACUGCCAACAAAGGAUCUGCGUAUCCAGUACGGCAAUAUCACCAUAUCUUCUGGUCCUGAGUUUCUUGCGUGCUUACGCCAUUUAGGAUGCGGCCAUAAUCUGACUCUCCUUUUACUUGAAAAUGUCCGCCUACCCUAUUUAUAUGACGAAGAAGGAUACGACCGGUACGUACGGCAUGCGUUCCCCAAUCUACAAACCCUUUCCUUUGGUGGCGUCUCCGAAGUUGGUGACGAAACGGCAUCUGCCAUUGUUGCAAGGGAACCGUUCCCACAAAACGUUAUUGUGAGUCAAACUUCGACUUCGUAUUUUGGAGUAAGAGCCCUCAUAACCGCCGGUGUUCAAAGAAUAGGAAUUCAACGGUGCUACUUUACAAUGAAACAGCUUUUGGAAAUAAAAAAUUCAAUCGAGCUUAUUGAAUUUGAUCGAUUCAACAGACCAUUAAAUGAUCAACGUGUUGCAUAA